AUGGCCUCCUCGUUCAUUACCCGCGCAACCUCAGAUUCGCGGUUCCAGUUUGCUGCAACGGCAUUGCUGUCUGGAGCUGUCGCCGCUGGCGCAAUCCUUGGCUAUCAACGCGUGGCCAAGGAGGAGCGCUUAUCCAGACUGAAGAGCUCCAUUCCCGCCCCCGACGAAGAUGGCGAAAUGUCGAGAAGUCAGCAGCUAACCGACUUCGGCGCAACACUCCCGACGAACCCGGAUAAGGAAGACCUACGGAAUGCGGCAUUAGCGCGCCGGGCCAUGGCGGGCGACUACGACGAGGAGCUGAUACUGGAGCAACUGGCGCGCAACGCCGUCUUCCUCGGCGACGAGGGCAUGGCCAAGCUGCGCCGCUCGUUUGUCGUGGUCGUCGGCUGCGGAGGCGUGGGCUCGCAUUGCGCAACCUCUCUGGCGCGCUCCGGUGUCGGUCGCAUCCGCCUCGUCGACUUUGACAACGUCUCCCUCUCGUCCCUGAACCGGCACGCCGUGGCCACGCUGGCCGACGUUGGCACCCAAAAGACGGCGUGUCUGAAGAGGCGCCUUGUGGCCAUCGCGCCCUGGAUUCGCUUCGACCUGUGCACGGAAAAGUUCGACGCCGAGGCCGAGGAGAGGCUGUUGGGGCCAUGGGCGGAGGACGGCGCGAAGCCCGACUUUGUGGUGGACGCCAUCGACAACAUUGAGACCAAGGUCGAGCUGCUGCGGUACUGCCAUGAGCACAAGAUCCCCGUCAUCUCGUCGAUGGGCGCCGCUUGCAAGGGCGAUCCGACCCGCGUCAUGGUCGGAGACAUCGGCGUGAGCACCGACGACCCCCUCUCGCGCGCGACCAGACGCAGGCUCAAGCUGCUGGGCAUCACGAGCGGAAUUCCUGUCGUGUUUUCAACAGAGCAGAGGGGCGAGGGCAAGGCGGAACUCCUGCCGUUGCCUGAGGAAGAGUUCCAGAAGGGGUCGGUGGGCGAUCUCGGAGUAUUGCCAGACUUUAGGGUGCGCAUCCUGCCGGUGCUGGGCACCAUGCCGGCCGUCUUUGGCUACACCGCUGCAAACCACGUCAUUCUCAGUAUAACAGGAUAUCCGACGGACUACGCUCCAGGCAAGGCCCGCGACAAGCUUUACGACCAGGCUUUGGCAUCCCUCCAAGGAACCGAGGCCAAGCUGGUUCGCAGUUUCCACGGCGGCAAUGCCGAUAUCGUCGUCGGUCUACGGACGCCCCUUAGCCCAGGCGACAUCGCCUUCAUGAUCGAAGAGGUCUUCCGCGGCAGGAGUGCCAUCACGGGUAUCGCGACACGUCUAGUCCUCGUGCGGUGGAGGAGGCCGGCGACCGACCCCAUGAUUGUCAUCGAGGGCGCGCCCGAUGACGACGGCCCGCAAAAGUCGGCACCGGCACCGCAGAAGUCGACGCGUCUGCGGCUGAGCGACCUGGUGUGCAUGACCAAGGACGAGGCCAUGGUGCACCUGAGGGAGGUUCUCCUCUCCGGCAAGCAGCCCGAGGAGAUGUACGACGCGGAGACGGUGGAGCGCGUCAAUAUGAGGCUGAGCGAAGCGGCCGGCUACGAAAAGUUCAGAUAG